GCGCGUUCACGUGCACGGACCGAGGACGCAGCAGCUAAAAGCUAAACGGGCAUCGAGCUACCAAGGCCCCGGUUAUCCCCGGAACACACCGUCGUUCAUUUUGUUGAAGCGGAUCUCCGACCGGCAGGGAUUAGAAACGCGCGAGAUCAUAUGUGUGUUAAGGGGGGAAGAAAGGUGCAAUAUGGUUCGGGAAACCAGACACCUUUGGGUGGGAAAUUUACCCGAACACGUUCGAGAGGAGAAGAUUGUGGAGCAUUUUAAAAGGUAUGGCCGUGUGGAAAGUGUUAAAGUCCUGCGGAAGCGAGGGUCAGAAGGUGGUGUUGCAGCCUUUGUGGAUUUUGUGGAUAUCAAAAGCGCGCAAAAAGCUCACAAUGCCGUUAACAAGAUGGGGGAUAGGGACCUCCGGACAGACUACAAUGAACCUGGGUCAGUGCCUAGUGCUGUACGGGGCCUUGAAGACGGCUCCCCCUCAAGCAGUCGAGACGUUACAGGAUUCUCUAGGGGAACAGUUGGUCCUGUGUUUGGCCCACCUGUGUCCCUUCACACCAGAGAAGGACGUUACGAACGAAGAAUAGAUGGCAGCUCAGAGAGCCGUGACCGUGCAUAUGAACACAGCCCUUACGGACACCACGACCGCAGUGGCACUUUUGACAGGCAGCGUCAUUACAAUGCUGAUUAUUAUCGGGAUCGUUCUAUGUUUGCUGCUGCUGGCCCAGGAAGCAGUGCUAUUGCUGGAAGCUUUGAGCCAUCAGAUCCACAUUUUGACUCUAGAAUAAGAGACCCCUUUACUCUAACUAACUCUACAAGACGUGACCUAUACAGAGAUGACAGAGGCCGACGUGUCGAUAGAACCUACCAUCAUCGCCGUAGCCGAUCAUCUCAUUCCUCACAGUCAAGGCACCCUUCCCCACAACGGAUCACAGGACAAACCUCUAAAACUCCUCAUUCCCCUAAAAGACCUCCUUUGUCCCCUGGUAGAGGCCCACAAUCUCGAUCCCACAGCAGGUCUUCAAGUUCGGACUCUGUCAGCAGCACCAGCAGCACAGGCAGUGGCAGUGAUUCAAACAGCAGUUCAAGUGAUGGUUCUCGGGCACGAUCAGUACAGUCGUCAGCUACACAUGCCCCUCCCCAGUCUUCUAUGGUGCUUGACUCAGAAGAGCCACGCAGAAGCUUUGGAAUUAAAGUUCAAAACCUACCUGUGCGCUCUACAGACACAAGUUUGAAAGAUGGACUUUUCCAUGAAUUCAAGAAACAUGGCAAAGUUACUUCAGUGCAGAUCCAUGGAGCGUCAGAAGACCGCUAUGGUUUGGUGUUUUUUAGACAACAAGAGGAUCAAGAGAAAGCCCUCAAUGUUUCCAAAGGAAAGCUGUUCUUUGGCAUGCUUAUUGAAGUCACUGCUUGGAAUGGUCCUGAAACAGAGAGCGAAAAUGAGUUCAGGCCUUUGGAUGGGCGCAUAGAUGAGUUUCACCCAAAGGCCACAAGGACACUGUUCAUAGGCAACCUUGAGAAGACCACCAGUUAUCAACAACUACUAGAUAUUUUUCAACGCUUUGGAGAAAUUGUGGAUAUUGACAUCAAGAAAGUAAAUGGAGUCCCACAGUAUGCCUUUGUGCAGUAUUCUGAUAUUGCCAGUGUCUGCAAGGCCAUUAAGAAGAUGGAUGGAGAGUAUCUGGGGAGUAACAGACUAAAGCUUGGAUUUGGAAAGAGUAUGCCCACAACAUGUGUUUGGCUAGACGGGUUGGCAACCAGUAUCACAGAACAAUACCUCACACGGCAUUUCUGCCGUUAUGGACAUGUAGUUAAGGUUGUGUUUGAUAGAUUGAAAGGGAUGGCCUUAAUCCUGUACAACAACACAGACUUUGCUCAGGCAGCUGUAAGGGAGACCAAAGGUUGGAAGAUUGGUGGCAAUAAAAUAAAGGUGGAUUUUGCAAGUCAAGAGAGUCAGAUGGCAUUCUACAGAUCUAUGCAGGCAUCUGGUCAAGACAUUAGAGACUUGUAUGAAAUCCCUACUGAACGCCGAGAGGAACGCCGACCUCCAUACCACGAGUUUACCGCAGAAAGAGCAUACUAUGAGAAUAUACGAACCCCUGGACUCUAUCCAGAAGAUGCUCGAAGAGAAUAUGCUGCUCGCAGCAGAGAAAGAUUUCCUGAUCUUGAACACUAUCAGGGUGAUCACUUUGACCCACGUUUUCAUGAGGACCCAAGAGACUAUAGGGACUACAGAGACCCCUUUGAGCAAGACAUUCGAAAAUAUACUUAUAUUCAACGAGAGCGGGAACGAGAGCGAGAACGUUUUGAGGCUGACCGCAGCAGGUGGAGCCCUUCCCAUCCAAGGCGACCCAUCACACCUACAGUAUCACCUUCACCAUCUGAGCGUGCUCCAAGAGACCCAGAACGACGGGUUUACAGCCAGUCGUCUGAGCGAAGUGGUAGUGUGAGCUCAAUGUCACCACCAAACUUUGACAAAUCUGAUAAGACCCUGCUGGACCAUGCUUCAAAGAGUGAAAAGACUGAGAAGAGUAAUCAAGCAGAUCGCGUAGCCAGUGUUGAGAAAACCAAACGUACAAAACGAAAAGAGAAGGGAGAUAAAGUGGAAAAGACUAAAUCAAGAAAAGCGAAGGGGCAAUCCCCGUCAAACCCAUUACCCGAAAAUGAGCCUGAGACCAGUUUUGAUGGAGGUUCUGGAAGAGGAAGGUUAUCUGACCCUGAUGCUAACGAGAGGCAGAAAUCUAAGGGCGACAGUGAUAGUGGAAAUUCUGCGUCAACUGCUCAUCAUGACUCUACAAAAAGUGAAAGAUCUGAAAUGAGUAAAGGUGAGAAUUUUGAAUUGGAUGUAAAAAAUCGACCUAAGAAACAUCUGAAGUCUGAUGAUGGGAAAGAUUCAUCAGUGGAUUCAGAUCGUCUUGCUGCAAGAAAGAGGCGAUUUGCAGAUUCAAGUGGAAGGACUAUUCGUCAGAAAAGAAGCAGGCAUGAGGAAGAGGAUGGUGUUCAAUCCUCUGAAUUUGGUGCUAGUGCCACAUAUUUGAAAGAGUCAGACACUGACAAACACAGAGAUUCACAACGGAGAGAUUCAAGACUCAAAGCUGAAAAAAGUGGCACACAGAAGGAUGGUCAAGAGGAUCAGAGGGAACAAAGAGAGAAAUCAGAAGGACCUUUGGACCCUCUGGAGUCAAAACGUCAUCCAGGGCACACAUCCAGAAGGUUUUCUCAUGAGGGAAUUAUAGACCAAAGCAGUGUGAGAGAGCAAGAGCACAAUCCUGCUUUUAAAUUUGGUACUCAGAAAGCUGAAACUGACAAAAGUGCUAAGACAAAGGAAGACCAUGUUGACAUUGAUCUCUCUCAGAGUUACCGCAAGCAAAUGGAACAAAAUAGACGGCUGCACCAGCAGCAACAGCAACGGGAGUCUGACAAAUCUGACAAACCAGGAAGUCCCCAAGGUAGUGAAACUGAGGACUUGGAGCAUCGCAGUCUUGUGCAUGAAGUUGGUAAACCACCUGAGGAUGUCACAGAUAAUUUCCCGUCUCACAAACUUAAGAAACUAGACCAAUUUGAAAGUGACUCUGGGACAAAGCGAGAACGUGUCUACAGGAGCUUCAGACAAAAAAGUGAAGAUCCUGACUGGAACAACACUUCCUCUCCGGGACAUCAGUAUUUUCCUCAGCAUGUGGAUGAAGACUUUGUGGAUCCUUCUCAAAAAGAGCUUAGUAGAAAUGAAGAAAAACUUCACACUGAUAUGGAGUUGUUGGUCAAAAGGACACAUAACACUCAGGUAAACAAGCCAAACAUUCCUUUACUUAAUAUGGAAGAAGAGCAACAAAAAAGAUGGGAAAGCAGAGUAAAACAUGAAUUGUUACCUGACCUUAAUUUCUCCAGAAGUCUAGGUAAAAAUAUUCAUAAUCGUAAACGUUUGGAAUACGGAAUUUGGCAUGACUUAGAACCUGGGGAAGUACGCUCUGACCCUGAGGAGGAAAGAGACAUCAAAAACCAGUCUCCUCUGCCCUCAACAUCUAUGUCUUUUUCUGAUAGGCAGAGAAUUGACAGGUUUUCAGACCCCAAAGUAGCACAUCUCGAAAGGAACAAAUUCUACUCCUUUGCACUUGACCAAACCAUCACGCCUGAUACAAAGGCUCUGCUCGAACGCGCAAAAUCUCUCUCAUCUUCCAGAGAAGAUAAUUGGUCAUUUUUGGAUUAUGAUUCCCACUUCGCAAGUUUGCGAAACAGAAAAGAUACUGAGAAGGUGGAUUCAACACCAAGACCUACUCCCUCUUGGUACAUGAAAAAGAAAAAGAUUCGAAGUGGAUCUGAAGAUAAACUUGACGAUAGGAAAGAGGAGCCUAAGCCAGAAGAACAUGAACGCAGGGAACUUUUUGCCUCUCGCUUCCUUCACAGCCCAGUCUUUGAGCUUGAUUCUAGACGACUUCAACACUUGGAACGUAAACAUGAAGAACCCGAGCAUACUCAAAACCCACAACUUGGUCAGCAAGGGGCGGUAGAUGGUGAACUUGACUCCGGGCCAGUUGUCCUUUUCCAUAGCCGUUUUUUGGAACUCACGCGUUUACAACAGAAGAAUACAACUCCACAGCUUCAAGAGGCAAAAGGAGACACAACACUCACAGAUGAGAAAAUAGAAAAGGCAUGUGUUCCAGAGCAACAUGUUUUGCAGUCCCCUGAAACAACAGAGUCUACCAUGGAGCCAGAAAUUAAACCAAUGAGUCCUGUUGAAGUGCAGAUUUCUGAACCCAGACUCACACCUGCAACUGUCACACAAUCUGUGGUCAAAGACUUUCCUCCAGCAGAUCAGAAAAGUGAUGUCUUAGCCCCUGAACCAUUUCCCUCUCCAUCUUUCACAAAAGAUGAGGUAAAGGAAGAAGUAAAAGAAAAUGAACCUGCUGUAUCAAUGCAGCAUUCACCAACAGAGAAGUCCUCUGAUUCAGAACCUGUACAAAUAGCAGCACCUGAAACCAGCUAUUCAGUGGACAGAUGUCACCCUUCUCCUUCUGAGGAGAAAUUGGAUGUUGUAACAGAGGACGUAAAACCUUUUGGUCCAGAAAAACCUAGCAGGCAGGAUUCUCAUGAUGAGUUUAUUAGCAGUUCAGAAGCAGAGCAGGAUCCUGAAACAACACAGCCUGAGAUGCCAGAAGCCAUUAGUCCCAUGCCAACUAGUUUUCCAGAGGAAUUGGACAUUUCCAAGAAGGAGACCCUCCCCACUUUUAAAGCAACAACAGAAUCAGAGGGAGAGAAGAAACUUCAAGUUAGUAAAGUGCAGAUUCCAAUUGAUGACACAUACGAUGAGCCAAUGUUGCUACAAAAUGAGCAUAAAACAAAAGAAGUUAAAACUAAAAAGUGCAAGCAAUCCCCUGCUCGAGUGUCACCUGUUCCUGUCAUUUCUACCCCAGAGAAGCAAGCAACACGUAAGAGUGAGCGAAUUGACAAAGAGAAGCUGAAACGUGGGUCAUCUCCAAGAGCUGAAACGAAGUCCACAGCCAAAUCUCCUAUUCAUAGCUCCGACCCUGAUAUAUUGGAGCCAAGCAUAUCACUUGGUAGAGCAAGACGACGAAAUGUUAAAUCAGUGUAUGCUACCCCAGUUGAAGAUGAAACACCAGUUCGUUCUGGCAAGGAUAUGCCAGAGUUACCUCGUUCUGCACGAAAGCGAGGUCCAGACAAAGAUGUGACACAACAACAGAUUACUGAACAGGACCAACCUACUCCAACCCCUGUAACAAAGAGAGGCCGUCCUCCAAAGAAUCGCAGACAAGGUGAUGAGAUCUCAACAGUUAAAAUAGAAAAAUCUAAAAUGGACAACAAAGACACAGAUUCAAAUGAAUCAGAAAGCGGGGAAAGAAUUCCCAAGGUAUCAAGAGGGAAAACAUCCCUGUAUGGCACAAAGGGUCAAUUGAAUCAGAUGUCCACAGUUCAAGGUUCUGGUUCGGCAAGGAAGGGUGAAAAAAAUGAGGUGGCUGAGGAUGAUGAACAUGAAAUGGAUUUAACUGAUGAUGAUUCCUUGGCCUUGCAAGACUCAUCAAGUUUAUCUAAAGAAGAUCCAACAUCUCCAAUUGACCAAAAGAAAGAGGACAAAGACAAACAAGGAAGAGAAUUUAGCAGAGAUAAAGAUGUUCUUAAUGAAAAGGUUAGUGGGGGCAAAUCAAAUGGGAAAGAGACAGAUUCCCGAGUCUUGGAAGAAAAACCUAUCUUGGAAAAAGACAAGAUAGUUAGAGGAAAGACGAAGUUGACAAGGACUCCGAAGUCUCCUGUGUUAAAGAACCUCAAAAUCAGGCUUAAUGUCACAGAGGUGAAAGAUCUCCUUCAGUUGGGUGAUGAUGAGCAUGGUAAUCAAGAUGAUUCCUUGAAAAAGGUAAGACCUACUGAACAAAGUGAUCAUGCAUCAAACAGUACCAAUGCCAAUGAAGGAGAUUCUCACAGUGAAGAAAAAGUAAAUACCACCUUGGAACUAACGGAGCCGAUCGAAACUGCAAAAAGCUUUAUUUUACAGGAGCGUGAACUGGAGCAGGCUGUGGAGAACAUAGCUAAACUCACAGAUCCAGCAUUCCCAACCGAACUCCCAACACAACCCGUUCCACCUUCAGAAGUAAAAAAUGACCCUGAGGAAGAAAAGCCCUCUUAUCCUGCUAGUGAGACAGAGCUCAUGGCUGCUAUUGAUUCAAUUACUGCUGAGGAAUCAACUGUAUCCGUAACCCAAGCGCCUCCACCAAGUGCAGAUAUAGGUUCAGAACCUGAGAUCCAAGACUUAAGUCAGCCUGUAAUGGAUGAAAAACCUGAGACUAAACUCUCUAUACAAGAAGAGCCUGUUCUCCCAACUACACCCAAAAGGGGCACCAAGGGAAGGCCUAAAACACCUAAACGUGCUAAAAGCCAAAAGCAAGUAAAAAAAGAUUUUAAGGAAGGACUUUCAAAAAGUGAGGAAUUUUCAAUGCCUUUAGAAGAUAAAACAGCUGUUAGUGUAAAGAUUGUUCCUGAAACAACUCCAUCAUCAGCAACUGCCACCGUUAUUACUCCUACUACCUGGAAGCCAGAGUCUGAGCCUUCACCUGUCAAGACUACACAUGCAGAUUCAGAGCCAUCUUGUGACGAUCAGAAUCCAGAUCUUAAAUCUCCUAACCCCCAGUCCAAGAGUCCAGUAUGCCUAAAGCCUCCACAGGUGCCAACAGAGUGCAUCACCCCUUCCUUGUCUCCACUAGCUAACAGGCCAAAUAUCAGACCCAUUCAAACGAGUAGAAUUCCCGUUUCUCCCCCAGACUGGCGCCACCAGUCUAAAGAAACAGGACUCUCCUCCUCACCUGUCAUACCAUUGGCAUCCAAGGAAAACCGGCCUUUACUGUUAGACUCUGAAAACAUUGAUAUUGUUCUUGGUUCAAGUGACUUGAGACAAAUUCUUAUGAAACACAAAAACAUUUCCCUUGCAAGCAGUGGUCCUAUUCCAAGUAAUCUGCCUACCCUACAAGACCAGAACCUCUCUGAAAGUAAUACUCCAACUGUUGUGCCAAAUAAGCCGUUACUACCGGAUAGUAGAAUGCCAAUCCAUCCAGCUUCACCAAUUGUUCGACCUCCAGCUUCGCUACCAUCUCCUGAGACAAAAUCUGUAAUCUCUGUUAUCGCCUCUACUGCAACCUCUGUUAUCAGCCGGGUUUGCAACCCUCCUGAGACCGAGGACAAAUUAAACAUGAACAUUGGGAAUCCCUGUGUUGAUAUGGCUUUACCCAAACAAACUUACAGGCCUAGCAAAGAUGAAAUUGGAUCAUACCAUGUUAGUGAUGAGGGGGGAAGCACUGGACGUUUCAUUGUGGAGAGCCCCAGUCUUGGAACAGGAUCUUGCCCAGGUCUGAGAGUAAAUACAUCUGAAGGAGUGGUAGUAUUGAGCCACUCAGGCCAGAAAACAGAAGGACCCCAGAGGAUCAGUGCAAAAAUAAGUCAGAUUCCACCAGCAUCAGCAGGUGACAUGGAAUCUCAACAGUUGGUAUCCAUGCCCCAGAUAAAACAGGAACUGUAUGGCCACUCAGGACUUCAAAAGGGACCUUCAUCGCAGGGAGAUCAUGGACAUCUUGGAAAGACUCAGUCAGCCUUAUCUUCCAUUAAACAAGAAAGCACUGUUUUGGAAAAGAUGGAAUCUACUUACCAACCUGGACCUCAAGGAGUAGUAAAGCGUCUCUCACAGGGAAAUCAACAAGUAAUGAGUUACCAUCAAGAGUACAUGCCAAUGAAACAUCCAAAGAAAAUGGACACUGCUGAACAUCUCGGUACCGAUGGGACUAAACCACCUUGGACUUCUGCUAUAAGUCCUGCUUUAAGUCCCCAUUUGCCGUCACCACCUGGUAACCAUGUAGGAUUUGUCACAGCUGCUGGUGAAAGAGCUCCUUCACACAUCAGUGGAGUCAAACAAGAACCACGAUCACCUCGCAAGUCCAGCCACCCACACUCACAGUUUACUAAAGUAUCCUCACCCAUUGGCGCCUCAUCACCAAAAGGCAUACCAGUGAUGUUAUCGACUGGUCUUCCUGCUAUGCAACAGUUUAUUACCGGUGUUCAUCAUCCAGAACAAUCUGUAAUUAUGCCACCUCACAGUGUGCCUGGUGGUUUGGGACGGAUGUCUCCUCACCGUGUUUCACAGUCAAUCCCAGUAGGGCAUCUUGUCCAAGGAGAUGUACGUGUCAAUACUCCACCACUUUCUGUGAUGAGCUAUGGGAUGCAUAGUGAGACACUUGCCUCUCCCUGGUCUGGCUCUAUGCAGCAAAGACCCACAUCACCCCAGGCUGUAGGCAGAGACAAGGUACUCAAGAUGAACCCUGCUUCUUUGCGGGGUCAUGAUGGCGAACAGGAAGAACCCAGACGCUUCCACCAGGCUCCUGGGAGACAACCUGGCACACAACUCAAACCAGAGACAUUGCAAUCAGAUCCUCGUGGACCUCUGCGUGGUAGUGUCCAGUUAGAGACUUACAUGGCACAAAGGGAUAUGCGUGUGCUCUUGCAUCAACAGGGAGAGCGCCUGGCCACGGAUUCACAUUCUGGACAUAUUCAAGAGACUCUUCCUCCCUCUACUGCACCUUCCAGCCUACCUUUAUCCUUGUCUCCAAGGGCACAUGUUUUAUCUAAAGGUGUAUCUGAAAAAGAUAUAACAAAGCCUUUGGAGGCAAAGAGGCCACAAUCUCCUCUUGCAAAAGAUGGAAUGAUGGGAAUCCGACAAUCAGGGCAAGCAAUUGCAUCUCCCCAGAGAGUUCAGCUAAUAACACCAGGACCUAGUGGUGCAUUCCCAGAGUACUCAUCAAUGUACUCAAAUCCAAGAGGCAUCCAUUCUCAAAUACCAGAGACGUCUCCUGCUGGAAUGAACCAGCCACCAUUGAGCGUCACACCAACCUUGGGCGCAGACCUCCAGGCCAAACCAGAUGGCAAGAUGACCCAGCCAGUUAAUAUGGUGCAGUUGCUCACGAAAUACCCUAUUGUGUGGCAAGGCCUGCUGGCACUGAAGAAUGACCAUGCUGCAGUCCAGCUGCAUUUUGUCUGUGGCAACAAAGCUUUGGCUCAUCGAUCCCUUCCCCUGCAAGAAGGAGGCGCAUUGCUCAGGAUUGUCCAGAGAAUGAGACUAGAGGCUUCACAACUGGAGAGUGUAGCCCGAAGAAUGACUGGGGACAGUGAUUUCUGUCUUCUCCUUGCUCUGCCAUGUGGCCGAGAUCAAGAUGAUGUCCUGAACCAAACUCAAGCUUUAAAGGCAGCUUUCAUCAACUACUUGCAGGCAAAAUUAGCUGCUGGUAUCAUCAACAUACCCAACCCUGGUUCCAAUCAGCCUGCCUAUGUGCUCCAGAUUUUCCCACCAUGUGAAUUUUCAGAGAGCCACUUAUCCCAGCUCGCCCCCGACCUUCUGAACAGGAUCUCCAGCAUCUCACCACACCUCAUGAUUGUCAUCACCUCUGUGUAACCUUCACUGCUGGGAGCUGUUCCUUUUAAUGGAUGUUCUCACCUAUGAGCCUCAGGAAACCAGAGGAAUAUGAGAACUUCUUUUUUCCUGGACACAAACUGAAAUGCGUAGGAUGUACCCGAUCCAACACUUGCUUGUUUCCAUCAGUCUUUUUUCUUUUGUCUGGUGUUUUUGUCCUUCUCGAAAGAACUCAGGGAUGGACCAAACCAGAAUCCAGUCUUAUUUGACCAUUUCUCUGCUGUAUUUCUAUUUAUUGGAGUUUAUUUUUAAUGUUCGGAGAAGCUCUGAAGAAAAAAAACAGGAUAUUUGAUGAACAAGAUUGAGUGACUUUCCGGGUGGCCUUUUUUUUUUUUCCAUUAGUCUUUUAUUGAUUGUCAUAUUCAUUUCUUCUUCUCUUCAAGAGAAGUUCAUUGAAGCUGUUGUGUCACAGUGGCUGAAAGACAUUUCAACCUGUAAUUUUAAAUAAUUAUUUACAGACUUCCUCACCCAGGCUUUCUUUAGAGGAGGGAGAAUUAACUUGUGAAACCAUGGAGACUCUGUAGAGGACCACGUACGCUUAACAACUCUUUAUUUCCACCAGCUCUGCUCGUUUUCUCACUACUGAAGCAGUUACAUCUUUGGCCACCUGCCUUUACAUUGAACAAGCUACAUUACAUUUGGGAAUUUUUGGAUACAGGACUUUGUAAAUAUUUUAAAUAUUUAAAUUUUGACUAUGGAGCUUGGACAUCUUGACACAGACUUGAACUCUGGGACAUACCAGUGUGCAGAAUGCGAAACUUCAAUGGAUAGCCUUGAUUUUUGGGUGUAAAUACUUGUCACAUGAAGGUUGGCAAACUCCUGUGCAGUCUGCUGAUGGCACUUGAUAUUUUGUAACUCAAAUAAAACAAACUCCAGAAAACUUGAA